AUGGUUAACUCCGAGCCCGAACGCGCUUAUGUUCUCUAUCACUACCAGCCCUCGCUAGCUGCGGCGGCAGUAUUCGUUGUUCUCUUCGCACUCACAACCGGUUUCCACAUGUUCCAAACCUUCCAAAAGCGCUCCUGGUUCAUGACACCCUUCAUUAUCGGCGGUCUCUUCCAGGCAAUUGGCUACAUUGGGCGAAUCUUAUCCUCGAGCGAUCGCAACCGCCUCUCGCCUUUCAUCAUGCAGUCCCUACUUCUGCUUCUCGCGCCUGCGCUGUACGCGGCGUCCAUUUACAUGAUCCUUGGCCGCCUCAUCCUCCUGACGGGCGGCGAGAGAUACUCGCUUGUACGCCGAACCUGGUUGACGAAGAUCUUUGUCAGCGGAGACGUUAUAUCGUUCAUGAUGCAAGGAGCCGGCGGAGGCCUCAUGGCUACCAGCGCAUCAGGCAUGGAGAUGGGAGAAAAGAUCAUCAUUGGUGGUCUCUGCGUGCAGAUACUCUUCUUUGGACUGUUUUUCAUUACUUCAAUCGCUUUCCAGAUGCGGGGCAAGGAGUACCUCGCGACCGUGGACAGCAGCAUUCCUUGGAAGAAGCACUUGUUUGCGCUUUACGCGACUUCCAUCCUCAUCUUGAUCCGAUCGCUCUUCAGGGUCAUUGAGUAUGCUCAGGGCAACUCAGGGUACUUGCUCAGGCAUGAGGUAUUCUUGUAUGUCUUUGACGCAGUGCUUAUGUUUGCUGUUAUGAUCAUCUUAAAUGUUUCACACCCAGGAGAUAUUGCGUUGCUACUCAAGGGUCAGGGAAAAGAGCAACCACAAGAGUUCGAGAUGUUGAGCGAAGAUACGGCGGAGCGUGGUGUUACGGUCAAGCACGACCGAUGA